AUGGAAGGGUAUUUAAAGAAGUGGAUCAAUCCAAUUCUGUAAUGGAAGGAAAGAUAUUUUAUAUUGCAUCAAGAUUGUUUGAUUUAUUCUGAAAAGCAAGGAUUAGAUAAGAAAGGAACAAUCCAUUUGAAGAUAGCAGAUAUCAUUUCAGUUCCUGAAAAUCCAUGUAAGAUUGUAAUUAACUCUGGGACAAAGCAGAUAGAAGUUAUAGCACCAGAUGUUGACUAGAAGGUAAAGUGGUUUAAGGCAUUAAAAGAUGCAUAAAUUAGAGCCUAAAGAGAGUUUGAUGAGAUGUCAAUAGAUUAACUUUAAGAAAUCACAGCUAACUCUAAAAAUCUUGAUCCUAAGCUUAAGCGAAUGCUAUUAGAUUCAAAUCAAGAAAAAAUUGAAAAGUUAUUGAUAGAAUCAUUUGAAGCAGGCGCUAGAUUUGAAGAAAUACUUUCAGAAUUGCUCCCUAAAUUAACAAAUAAUCCUGGGAUAAGUAAGCUCCUUGAUUCUCUAUAGAAUGAAGCACAUAAUAUCAAGAGUAAUUUAAAGGAUUGUCUAUUAACAAUCGAAACAGAAAGAAAGAGGCUAUUUAGAGCUUCUCAAGUUAUUGCAAAUGAGUUAGAAGGAAAUUUUAAUGAAGAAAGAUUUAAUCGUAACCCUAAAUUAUACAGAAAGGAUACAGAAGAAGAAAAAUUCUAUGAAAUAAAUGAUGAUAAUACAGAAUUUUAGAGUAUAAUAGAAGAUGAUUACUUCUAUAAAGAAUAAGAAUCUGCUUUAAUAUUAGCAGAGUUUUCAAAUCAAUAAUAAACAACAAAAGCUACAGACAGUGGUUAGACAUAACUUUUAUCAUAUUUGAAUAAAUCAUGUCAAAUAAAAUAUAGGUUAUUAACAUAAAAUCCUACUUAUAAAGCUAUAGAUAUAUCCGAUUAGCCUACAAGAUUAACUUUACCUAUAUAGCAAGACCCCAAUGAAAAAAUUAACAUGUGGUCUGUAUUUAGAGAGGCAAUCGGUAAAGAUUUAUCCAAGUUUGCAGUACCAGUCUAUUUUAACGAGCCAAUGAGUAUGCUUUAAAAGCUUGCAGAACAAAUGGAAUAUUCAGAUUUAUUAGAUUCAGCUAAUGCAACUGAUGAUUAAGGACUUGCUUUAUGUUAUUGUAUGGCUUUCGGUAUUAGUGAUCUUGCAGGUACUAUAAACAGAGUUAAAAAACCUUUCAAUCCUUUAUUAGGGGAAACCUUUGAGUAUAUAGACGAUAAAAAGGGAUACACCUUUAUUGCUGAGUAAGUAAGUCAUCAUCCUCCUAUCUCAGCAUGCUUUGUUGAGAGUAAAAACUAUGUUUUCCAUGGUGAUUCUAACAUAAGAAGCUAGUUUUGGGGAAGAUCUUUUGAAAUAAACCCUGUUAGUUAUUUGUAUAUUAAGCUAAAUAGAUUAAAACAUGAUAUAGUUUUUAAAAAGUGCACUUCAUCAGUAAAAAAUAUAAUGGUUGGUUCUAUGUACAUAGAUCAUUUUGGAUAAAUGGAAUUCAAAAAUUAUACUACAGGUGUUUAUGGCUAACUAAAUUUGAAAGAGAAAAGUGCCUGGAGCAAUUCAGGGUAAUUCGAAGUAGAAGGAUGGGUCAAAAAUAAAGAUGGAAAAAGUUUAUAUUCGCUAAAAGGAAAAUGGAACGAAGACUUAAAAUGUACAAACUUAGAGACUAAUUAAGUAAUUACAGUUUGGAAACGUCUUCCUUUACCUACAAACUCUGAUAGAUAUUAUCACUAUACACAACAUUCAUUCUAGCUUAAUCAUCUUACAAAGGAAAUGUUAAAGAAAAUACCACCCACUGACAGUAGACUUCGUCCAGAUUAAAGAGCAUUAGAAUUCGGUUUGUUAUCUAUAGCUGCAGAUGAAAAACUUCGUCUUGAAUAAAAGCAGAGAAUCCGUAGAAAAGAAAACGAAGCAGCAGGAUAGCACCAUUAAACAGUUUUUUUCGAAGAAAAAAUUAACAGUUUAACAGGUGACAAAGAAUAUAAAUAUAAAGGCGGUUAUUGGGAAGCUAGAGAGUAAGGGAACUGGUCAAAUCUAGGUCUAUUAGACAUCUAUUGA